AUGGAAGAUGAUGAAUUUGGAUUUAUCAGGAUGAACAGUGAGCUUGUUUGCGUUAAACCAGGAGGAGACAUGAGAAAGCUCUUGAUUAACCAUUCUAGCUAAAGUAGCCAGGUCUUUAUAACGAAGAAAAAUAUUGGUGUCAUCAGCGAAGACAAUAAAUGAAAGAUAAUUUAAAGAAAGAAAAAGAUCAUUAAUGUAUAAGAGGAAAAAUAAAGGGCCAAGAACAGAACCUUGAGGGACCCCACACAUAACAGUAUUAUUAGAAGAAACAUGACCAUUGAACAUAACAUACUGUUGUCGGUUGUCUAAAUAGCUGGUGAGCCAAGCUAGUGGAAUACCACGGAUACCAUAAAAGUUUAAUUUUUCAAUAAGUAUCUGAUGAUUUACAGUAUCAAAUGCCUUCUUGAGGUCUAAGAAAAUUCCAAUAGUGUAUUAUAUUCAUUACUUUCAAAGCCUUCAUAUAUAUUGUUUACAAAUUCGAGGAUCGCCAUAGUUGUAGAAUGAUGUGGUCUGAAGCCAUAUUGAUGGUGACUAAGAAUGUCAAAUGUUUCAAGAAAUGCAGACAAUCUGAAGUAAAAGAGUUUUUCGAAGACCUUGGAAAGACAGGGGGGAAUAGAAAUAGGCCUGUAGUUAGAGGACAAGGACGAGUUAUCACAUUUGAAGAUGGGAAGGAUUUUGGCUGUUUUGAGCUUAUCUGGAAAAACACCGUGAGAAAAUGA